AUGCAGGAAGGUGUGCGAGAAAUCCCGAGACCGCCACGGACCCCAUCGACCAUCCAGGAUAACGCGACGGAGUCCGCCAAGCAGACUAUGGAGGGGCAAUCCAUAGGCAGCCUAUUUACGGGGUCUCGUGAAGCCAGGUCGGGGUCUGGUGGGCUUGAUAGGGCUAGCGCGGGCACCGCAUGA